AUGUCAAGCACCAGGGGCCGCCGAGUCGCCGAUCUCCUGGGCAAGGAGCAGUACGAGUUUGGGGACAUCUCCCGAGAGAUCGCACGGAGGGCAAAGGAGGCGGAGAUCGACGAAGAGGAUCUUAAGCUGCUGCUGCGCGCGGUGCUGGCGCUGGGGGCGGGGCUGACGCCGGUGGCGCAUUUGUUGCCCAUCCAGGUGCUCCUCAACUUGUACGGCAGCAGCUUGGAGCUGGAGCUGAGUCAACGACUGCUGUCUCGGCUCACCGCCUCUAUGGCCAAGGAGUUGGAUCGCAGAGCCAAAGAGGCCAUGCUGGGCAAAGGCAACGAGGACUACGUCUUGGGGGACCUGACGCGAGCCCAGAUGCAGCGGAGCAUCAAGGAACUCACGGGCAAGGCGGGCGGGGCGGGGUUCGGGACGGCUCCUAGGGUCUAA